AUGGUCCACUCCGCCAACGCCCUCUCCCGCAAGCACCUCCGCUCCCAGAUCUGCGACAACUGUGCCUCCGAGCCCGUCUCCGUCCGCUGCGCCACCGACAACCUCGCCCUCUACCAGGACUGCGACUGGGAUGCCCACGCCACCUCUGCCGUCUCCGCCGCCCACGAUCGCAUCCCUCUUGACCCCUUUUCUGGCUGCCCUUCUGCCAUUGAGCUUGCCUCCGCUUGGGGUCUCGAACUUCAGGAUAAAAAGCCCUCCCAACCCCCCAAUUGGUUUGACGUGGCUCCCGCUGCCCCUACUGCAGGUGGGUUUCUGGACUCGUCCUGGACGCUGCCCAAGGAAGUUUCUGUUUCCCCUUCGGUUCUGUUGCAGGACUUGAUGGUCCCCACUGAUAAUAACAAUCCUUCUUCUGCUGUUAUCUUUUCCAAUUGCGGCCCCGAUUUGAUGAAGAAGCAUACUUCCCCUAGCUGUGGGAAGCAGAGGCUGGUGAUUAUGAAGCAGUUGAUGGGGUUGCUUGAGAGGGAUACGUGGGUAUUAGACUAUUAG